AAUAACUCCACUUACAUUUUUCUACCCCAUAUAUGCAAUUUUUUUGAUGAAAUGACUCAAGAGGGAACCAAAGAAAAAAUGCUUUAUCAAGUUUGGAAGGGCAAUAAUAGAUUCUUGUUUGGAGGAAGAUUGAUUAUUGGUUCGGAUGUAAAGGGUUUGUUUCUAUCCAUAUUGUUGAUUGUAGGUCCUGCCACCGCAUUUUGUGUACAAGUCAACUCCAUUAUUGCACAUAAGAUUGAAGAGCACCAAGAUGCUGGUUAUUGGUACCUUGUAUUAAUAAUUGGAGUUGUUCUUACCGUUAUGGCCCUUAUAUUUCUGUUCUUGACAUCAAGCACUGAACCAGGAGUUAUCCCAAGAAGAUCAAAACCUACUGGAUUUGACGAAGAUCCUGAUAUCAGUACCCCUUUCACGGAGGGGCAUGACAAAACUUCUAAUAAAAAUCUUCCCAAAUGGAAAAAUGUGAUAGUAAAUGGGCAUACAAUCAUGGUGAAAUAUUGUGAUACAUGUCUUCUUUAUCGUCCUCCUCGGGCUUCCCAUUGUUCCAUUUGCAAUAAUUGUGUGCAAAAAUAUGAUCAUCAUUGUGAGUGGCUUGGUCAAUGUAUUGGAUUGCGUAACUUCCGGUUCUUUUACUUCUUCAUAUCAACAUUGACAAUAUUGUCUGUGUACAUCUUCAUAAUAUCUUGGAUCAAACUUCGUCAACAUGGCGGGGGACUCGGGAAAGCUAUUCAACAAGAUAUUGUAUCAGAUGUUCUUAUUGUUUAUUGUUCCAUUGCUGGUUUGUGUGUGGGGUGCCUUACUACAUUUCAUUUUUCUAUGAUUUGUAUAAAUCAGACAACACAUGAAAACUUGAGGCGACAACGUGGCAAGGAGGAUAAUCCAUACAAUAAAGGGAUUCUGCACAAUUUCAAAGAAGUUUUCUUCCACAACAUCCCACCAUCACUGGUUGAUUUCCGAUCAAUAGUCCACGAAAAAGAAAAUGCAUUAUCAAUGAAGACCAACCCACCAAAUCCCAAAGGGAGUAUUAAUAUUUCCAACGAGAAAAUUGAAUAAAACUUAUAGUCAAAUAAAUGAGCGACAAAUGACAAUAAAUAGACGUGAUUUCAU